AUGAAGAUGUUGUACUGCCCUUACUGCAGAGGACUUCCCACUGUGAAACCUUGCAACAACUAUUGCCUCAAUGUAAUGAAGGGCUGCCUAGCAAAUCAGGCUGAUUUGGAUACUGAGUGGAAUCUGUUCAUAGAUGCUAUGCUUCUGGUAGCGGAGAGAUUAGAGGGACCAUUCAACAUUGAAUCAGUCAUGGAUCCUAUUGAUGUCAAGAUUUCUGAAGCCAUCAUGAACAUGCAAGAAAACAGCAUGCAGGUGUCAGCAAAGGUUUUCCAAGGAUGUGGCCAGCCUAAACCAGCACCUGCCCUGAGAUCUUCCCGUUCUGUCCCCGAAAAUUUYAAUACCCGGUUUAGACCAUAUAACCCAGAGGAGCGACCUACAACUGCUGCUGGCACAAGYUUGGAUAGGCUGGUAACAGACAUUAAAGAAAAACUAAAGCUCUCUAAAAAGUUCUGGUCAACAUUGCCCUACACAAUCUGCAAGGACGAGCGAGUGACAGCCGGAGCGUCAGUSGAGGAGGACUGCUGGAAUGGCCACACCAAGGCGAGAUACUUGCCUGAGAUUAUGAACGAUGGCUUGACCAACCAGAUCAACAAUCCAGAAGUAGAUGUGGACAUCACAAGGCCAGACACUUUCAUUCGACAACAAAUCAUGGCCUUACGUGUCAUGACUAACAAACUGAAGAACGCGUAUAAUGGGAAUGAUGUCAACUUCCAGGACACAAGUGACGAAACCAGCGGCUCAGGCAGCGGGAGYGGCUGCACAGAUGACAUCUGUCCCACCGAGUUUGAUUUCAUCACCACAGAAGCACCGCCUGUCGACUCAGACAGGAGGGAGGUGGAGGCUUCAGCCACACAGCCUGGCUGCUCACUGCACACGUUGCUCGUCAUCUUCCUCACUCUUGUACUGCAGAGACGGUGGAGAUAAUCCUGGAUCUAGUUGGAGAAACUGUGUUUUAGCUACAGAAACAGCCAACUUUCCUCUUUUCUUAUGCUCUUGGACAAUGGACCAUGCCACAAACACUUGCAGUUUUCUACAAGACAGCAGUACUGCAACCUGCUUCCCAUUUUAGUUUUCCCAAAGAGUACCAGGUGCCAGACUGAACUGCUUCCUGCCUUUUUCAGAUAUCUCUGAAGACAAUAUCCACUCUUGAGAGAAUUCUUUCUCAAUUCUUUAUUACAGGAGACUUUCUGAGCUUCAUUUCCUUUUAUGCUGCAAAAGGGAAAAAGGAUCUUACAGUGUGUGUUUUUCCCCAGUGAGAAAAAAAAGGUGGGAAGAAACCUAGAAAGUUUUCUUUCUGAAUCAGGCCUGACUCAAGGCUGCUGCAUAUCAACAGAAUAUCAACAAAACACA